GACUCCGCCUUCUCCUCUUCCUACACCUUCUGGUUACCGAAAACCCAGGGUGUAGAAAAGCUUCUUCUCUUUGAAUGACAGAACCACAGCAUAAUGCGUGGCUUCAACCUGCUCCUCUUCUGGGGAUGUUGUGUUAUGCACAGCUGGGAAAGGCACACAGGACCCACACUGAAACCAACGACGAAGGAUAAUAAAUGUAGAGACAGUACCAUGUGCCCAUCUCAUGCCACCUGCACCAGCACUGUGGACAGUUACUAUUGUGCUUGCAAACAAGGAUUCCGGUCCAGCAAUGGACAAAAUCACUUCAAGGAUCCAGGAGUGGAAUGCAAAGAUGUUGAUGAAUGUUCUGAUAGAGCCAGCCGGCUUUGGGGCGGGUCUUAAUUCAGUCUGCAAAAAACCUGUCGGGGACGGUACGAGUGCAGCUGUUUACAAUCAACACUCAGAGUGAAUCUCCUAUUUGUUGUCUCUACUCCUUGCUUUCUCAUUUACCUUGACCUGGGUUUUUUCUUCUACUUGUCAGAUGACAAUGAAUGUGCCAACCCAAGAAUGUGCCCAGAGCAUGCAACUUGUAAUAACACUGUUGGAAACUACUCUUGUUUCUGCGACCCAGGAUUUGAAUCCAGCAGUGGCCACUUGAGUUUCCAGGGUCUCAAGUGUGAAGAUAUUGAUGAAUGCACUGAAAUGUGUCCCAUCAAUUCAACAUGCACCAACACUCCUGGGAGCUACUUUUGCACCUGCCACCCUGGCUUUGCAUCAAGCAAUGGACAGUUGAAUUUCACAGACCAAAAAGUGGAAUGUAGAGAUAUUGAUGAGUGCCGCCAAGAUCCAUCAACAUGUGGUCCAAAUUCUAUCUGCACCAAUGCUCUGGGCUCCUACAGCUGUGGCUGCAUUGCAGGCUUUCGUCCCAAUCCAGAAAGCUCCCAGAAAGACGGCAACUUCAGCUGCCAAAGGGUUCCCUUCAAAUGUAAGGAAGAUAUGAUACCCGAUAAUGAGCAGGUCCAGCAAUGCCAAGAGAGAACCACAGUGAAACCUGAAUAUGUCUCCUUCUGUGCACAAAUAAAUAACAUCUUCAGUGUUCUGGACAAAGUGUGUGAAAAUAAAACAACUGUAGUUUCUCUGAAGAAUACAACUGAGAGCUUUGUCCCUGUGCUUAAACAAAUAUCCACGUGGACCAACUUCACCAAGGAGGAGACGUCCUCCCUGGCCACAGUCUUCCUGGAGAGCGUGGAAAGUUUGACACUGGCAGCUUUUUUGAAACCCUCAGCAAAUGUCACUCAGACUGUUCGGACGGAUUACUUAGACAUUGAGAGCAAAGUUAUCAACAAAGAAUGCAGUGAAGAGAAUGUGAACUUCAGCUUGGCAGCCAAGGGGGAUAAGAUGAAGAUCCGGUGUUCCACAAUUGAGGAAUCUGAAUCCACAGGGACCACUGGUGUGGCUUUUGUCUCCUUUGUGGGCGUGGAGUCUGUUUUAAACGAACGCUUCUUCCAAGACCACCAGGCUCCCCUGACCACCUCCAAGAUCAAGCUGAAGAUGAAUUCUCGAGUCGUUGGGGGCAUCAUGACUGGGGAGAAGAAAGAUGGCUUCUCAGAUCCAGUCAUCUACACACUGGAGAACAUUCAGCCAAAGCAGGAGUUUGAGAGGCCCAUCUGUGUUUCCUGGAGCACCGAUGUGAAGGGUGGAAGAUGGACAUCCUUUGGCUGUGUGAUCCUGGAAGCCUCUGAGAUACAUACCGUCUGCAGCUGUAAUCGGAUGGCGAAUCUUGCUGUUAUCAUGGCUUCUGGGGAGCUCACGAUGGACUUCUCCUUGUACGUCAUUAGCCACGUGGGCAUGAUCAUCUCCUUGGUGUGCCUCGUCUUGGCCAUCGCCACCUUUUUGCUGUGUCGCUCCAUCCGAAAUCACAUCACCUACCUCCACCUGCACCUCUGCGUGUGUCUCCUCUUGGCCAAGAUCCUCUUCCUCGCCGGUAUAGACAAGACUGACAAUCAGACGGGCUGCGCCAUCAUCGCAGGCUUCCUGCACUACCUUUUCCUUGCCUGCUUCUUCUGGAUGCUGGUGGAGGCUGUGAUGCUCUUCUUGAUGGUCAGAAACCUGAAGGUGGUAAAUUACUUCAGCUCUCGCAACAUCAAGAUGCUGCACAUCUGUGCCGUUGGUUAUGGGCUGCCGGUGCUGGUGGUGGUGAUCUCCGCCAGUGUGCAGUCACAGGGCUAUGGAAUGCAUAAUCGCUGCUGGCUGAAUACAGAGACAGGGUUCAUCUGGAGUUUCUUGGGGCCAGUUUGCACAGUCAUAGCGGUAAGCAAAUAUGACAACAGCCUGGCGAAGUGUGUUCUGAAGGCGGAGCAAGGAGACCUGCGAGAUCUGGAAUUUCCAAGGACGUGUGCAGCUGAGAGGGUCACUUAUUCCCGUCAGGAGUUCUUUCCAGGCUGAGCACAGUGGCUCACGCCUGUAAUCCCAGCACUUUGGGAGACUGAGGCGGGUGGAUCAC